AUGACCGACUGCGUCGGCGCAUCAGAGGGCCCGCCGUCAUGGGCGAACCAAUUGAUGAGCAUUCAAGUCACGGACUCGGUGCAAGGUGCGACCUCGGCAGCCGAAGCACUGCUCAGAGCCGCGGCGAUGGACGCUUCGAACAUGAUUCCAGAUGAGAAGUACAGGAAGGAGGACGAGUCGGCACCGCCGACGCCCAUCGAGGAAAUGCUGGCCAAAGCGUCCGAGGAGAAGAAAUUGCCGACGGAAGCGAACAGCGAAUUCAACCGGUGGUGGGCGAAGGAGCUGGCGGCGAACACGAAGCUCAAGCAAAAUUACAAGCUCGUCGGCAGGGGUUACGAGGCGCAGCGGAAAUUCAAAAUUGAUUGGGCGGGCCAGCGAUCUGUGCAGAUGAAGGAGGAGCGCACGAAGACCUCCGAGUACAGGCAGGUCGAUGGUAUGAGGGGUGAGUACUUGCCGCUCUCGAUACACGUCAAGAAGGAGGGCAACGAUGCGAUGGCAUUCAUUGCGGCGCAGAACUACGUGAAGAAUAUUGCGACCUUUGUUGCCCAAGGCAAGACCUACAAAGGACGGCCCUGGAUUGUCUUCGACAAGCUGUACAACCGCGUCAAGUUUUUGAGGAUCCAGGAGUACUUUGACGAUUCGAACCAGGAGUCCUGGUCUAAGACCACUCAUUUGCUAGAUGAAGGUUCCCGCAUGCACUCGGAGGCGCCGUCUCGGAGCCAGGCCACGGUAGCUUCGUCGGCAUCUGCGGGUCGGGCACCAGCAGGCCCAGCUGCACCUCCAGCUCUCCCAGCGCCUCCAGCGCCUGAAGCAGCUGCAACCGGCCCCCCGGAGGUUCCCGAGCAGAAGAGGAGGAGGGUCGGGACGGCCACCGCGGCGAAGUCCGAAGCCAAGGGCCUCGGCAAGGUCAAAGCGCAGCCCGAGGACGACUCUCGUGCAGCAGCAAAGUCCUUCAAGACGGUCGUUGCGGAGGCGAUGAAGAUCAAGCAGAAGAUGGAGAAGGUCAGCACGGCGGCGUCGGACCUCCUUCAGGCCAUCACCACGCAAAAGGAGUGGCAUUGGGCUAACAACGACGCCAACCUGAAGGACCUGACCACGCAGCAACUCCUUCUCGGCAAACUCAAGACGAAGGACAAGUUCUGGUGCGCGUGGACCGUGCAGUCUGACUGGGCCAAGAAUGUCAAAGUGACAUACUCCGAGCCGACCAUCGAGUCGAACUUGCAGGAGGGCCUCCCAGCGAUGCAGACAGCCAUCAACGAUCUGAACGCCCAGAUCACACUGUUGAAGGACAUGCACCAGGCCAGGCAGAAUAUGAUGAUCAAGCGCUCCGCGGACUAG